UUCACCCACAGAUCCUUCUCAGCUGCUUUCGGAUCAACUUUCGGUUCAACAACAGUUCCCUGUUCAUCCGUAACCAUUGCUGACUUAGAGUGCUCUUCUAACCCCGAUCCCAAACCUUGAAUUUCUAGUUGUCUCAACAUUCUGUAUUUCCACAUACUGAAAUCCCCUUUACCAUCGAAUUUCUCUAUUUUGAAUUUUCCCUGUGUUGGUUCCAUGGUUUAUUUAAUAACUGACCAAGUAUCACCUGCAAAACAAGUUUACAAUACAAGAACAGACCAAACCAGCACCAAAUCCAAGCACAAUAUCUCUCGCAAUCAAUAUUUUAGAUACGCAAUACCGAUUCAAGAUAGAUUCCACGGUAUAAGAUUCCGAUGGGCUUUAGAACAAUAGUUGGGAUAACUACGAAGGAAAGGUUUUGAGAAACUUCCCUGAGUUCUUGGUUUGAACUUGUAGAUUUCAAUCUCACGACGAGAUCGCCUUUUUCUUCACUGUUGGUCAGUGAAGCUCGCGAACGUCUCCUCCUUCGAUCCUUGAAACUCCGAUUUGAUCCUUGAAUCGCCUUUCUAUCCUUGAGUGUGUCCAAACCUAACGCUCUGAUACCACUUGUUACCGAUAUGAUCACAACUCUCUUUGAUCUAAUCACUUUCUCUUCUCGUACUCUCUCUCUCUCACUCUUUGUGUUUGCAGAAAAACUAGAUCAACACGAGGCAAGUAUAUAGUUCCCCAGAAACUUUGGGUACAUCUCUCUUCAGAAACGGAACCUGGAUAAUCCACUAUCUGAGCUUGUACAGAGAAUUCUUGAAGAGUUUGUUACAACAGAUAAGAUCACAGAAAGUCAAAAAGAAGAAGAAGACUCGAACGGUAGCGUUUGUUGAGCUUCCUCUUUCUCCUUAAAACGACCUCGUCUAAUGAGUAUGGGCCAACACCAAAUCACCGAAGCCCAAUAGCUCUCUAAGUCUGCGACUCUGAUACUUGGACCUAAGCCCACCUUAACUCAGACCUGGUUAACACCAAACCAGCUAGAUUUGAUCGAACUGACCUAAAUCACGAACCAGAUCCUCACAGCAGCCCAAGAACCAAUGGAGGAUCUUCCGGUGAGGAUUGGAUGAACGCGUUUAACGCUGCUGCUAGUGGAGGGGACUCGUUGAGGAGGUAUGGAUCUGGUGGUCAUAGCCGACAGUACAAUGAUCCAUCUCAGAACGGUGAGGAUUCCUCUGGUUCUGCUGGUAGCAACUGUCGUACCACGCCAAACCUGCUCCCAUCGGCACCACCAGGAUCAUCUUACAGGUAUUAGGAGAGCCUAUUUGAUUUUAAGGGUUGUUAUUGGAGAAUUAUAAGAGAAAUUGCAAUAAAGGGUAUGUGAAGUUCGUGGAAUUAAGAGGUACCUUUUAGGACUCGACCCCACACACUCGUACAGGGCAAAAAGACCGAGUAACCCCUACGAACUUCAAGCGCUUUCAAUUUGUCCUACAUGCUAGCGUGUGUCAGAACCGACAAGGAUAUCAUUUGAAUAGAUUUAGACUCCUUCGUUAUACCCACGAAAAAAAAAAUAUCGAAGAAUAGGGUUAACAGACCAUUAUUCCGUUUAUCGGACUCCUCAUCGUCUGCCCUUCCCUAUUUUCUCUAUUUUCGUGGGGGUUCCAUCCUUUUUCAUUCUCGAGAACCGUCGAAGUGUAGAAAUUUCUCUAUCAAUCCUCUUUUCAAACCUAUUUCCGCCAUGAGUGAGUUAAAUCUCCCGAAGCGAAUCAUAUCGGCUGGAGAUGAGCCCUGGGGUCAGCGAGUGAUAACUUACCAAAAAUUUAGCAUCAUUUCAGAUCUCGUAGCGGCGCUUAAUGAAUCGGAAAUCGACUUUAUCCGGGAGUCCCCUCUGGGGAUGCUACUUGAGAUACCUUCCAAACCGGCUUGGUCAGGUACGUUUGGGUUGUUUUUACUCUCGCGACAACUCGAAGUUGAUCGGAAGAACGAGAUUUGGUUCGUUUUUGCGGGACGUCCGAUUAGAUUCUCUCUCCGCGAAUUCAAAAUCGUUACUGGUUUGAACUGCGGGAGGCUGCCUUUGACCGAAGCGAGAAAACGAAAGUCUUCGACAUACCCAAAUUACGCCAAACUCUUUGAUGGAAAGGACGAUGUUACUAUCGAGAGAGUUAUCGCGAUUCUCAAACGCCGGCGAGAUCUGGAUAAACAAGUCCGCAUAAAAAUGGCGUGUCUUGUCCUCGUUGACGGAAUUCUCCUACCAACUAUUCAUUACCCACGAGUAAAAGUGGUAAAGGAACAUGCAGAAAUGACGGAGGAUCUGGUCUCAUUUGUUGAGUACCCAUGGGGUCGGCUUUCAUUUGACAUGAUGAUAUCUUCCAUUAAAGAGAGGGAACCAUCGAAGCUAGUGAACGCGAAUGUAGCGAUCCAAGGUCUGUUUGCAGCUCUUCAGUUUGUUGUUUUGGAAGCUGUCCCAUCGCUUGCAGAUAGUCUGAACCAGUCUGUCUCCGCCGAAGUGGAUGAUGAAGAUGACUUCCUCCCCCAACAGCGACAGGUCCUCCAAUUAAAGUUAAGUCACGCACGAGACAUCGACGAAGCGGAAAAGGACACUGUCCACUCCGUCAUUCGUCUGGAUCUAGUAUUCGAUGAGGAAGAGGACCUUAGCUGGGCGGACGAUCCUAUCGAUCCGAAGGUUGAUGAGAUGUUGAAACUCAUUGACGAAGGUUUUCAGUUCAAGGGCGAGAUGUUUUUGGGUGGGUGCAAACCAGCUGUAAUUCCACCAAAGUCAAAGUCAAGAAAAGGCAAAUCCGGUAAAGGCGUUGGCGGAAGGAGCGCGAAGAAUAAGGGUAGAGGCGCUGGUCCAAGCACAACUAUCUUUGACGAAACUCGCAUUGGGAAUAUAAUAGAGGCCAAGUUGUCAAGUUACGAAAUCGCCUUGGAGGAAAAAUUUGCAGACAUGCUAUCGAAGAACAACAAGGUUGUCAUUGCUGCGUUGAAAAAACUGAUAACGAAAACCGCUGUUAACCACGAGGAUAUCCCAACGAGGUCGGUUUCCGUCGAUAAUUCCUCUGCAGAUGGUACUGUCUCCGAAAGUAGCCAAACCACCGGCAACGGGGACGAAGACAAUGCGAGCAACCAGUCUGCUGCAGAAGGUGGCGACGCCGAAUUCGGUGUUUCUAUUGGCAAUCAGAACGAACGGCUGUCUACGGAGGAUAUUAUAGCCUACUAUGCGGUCAAUAACGACGAAAAUGGAGGCACGUCCGUCUUACCUGAGCAACCAUCCUCUCCAGUCGUCGAUCACCAAAAAUCGGGGGAUUCAACCUAUGGAGGUGAGCCGACAGAGAGGAGAACUAUAGAGGGGGAAGCCAUUGACUCUCAGCCGCUAAACCGGUCCAAAACACCUAUGGGGGAUGGCUCUAACUUACCUGGCGAGAAGUAUGAAGGCGAUAAGGACCAAAUGGAAGUCGUCGAUGAAAACGAGCCUACCAAUCGGUCUACCCCAGCCCCUGUAGUGGAAGAAGAUGUCCAUUCCAAUGUUGCUCACCAAGCUAAUCCAUUGGGCCAACAUGUCCCGGUUGCAUCUCCAAUCCCUGAUGAUGAUUGCCCGGAGGCUAUAACUCGUUCACAGAUAAACGUCGCCGACGCACCUGGCGGUGAUGAAAACAUUGUUAACAACCCUGACGCUAACCACAAUGAGGUCACAAGGAAAAGCAAACGUCCUAGGAUGAUAUCUUCUCGGCUAGAUGAGCGUUUUGAGUGUGGUAAACGAUUGAAGACACGCAUAGGCCAUGAGAAGGAGUCAGACUUGGAUAAGAUGCGGAGACUAGACGAAAAGGUCCAAAACGCUAUCAACAGCGUAAAAAGGGCAAUUAGCCUAGGGAAUUGUAUAUCUUUAUCCGCAAGGGAGUUAGCGGAUUUGCUUGAAAGGAAGAAAAGCCCACCAGCUAAGGUUAUGGAUGCUGUACUAAAAUUUUCACGGCACAUGCUGCGUAAGGAUGUUGAAGAUGGCGUCGGACUAAGAGUUGAUAUUCUGGACUCCAAGUUUGUGUCGCAGCUCACCAAACUCUAUCCUAGGUUCUCUAAGUGCGAAAACUGGGAAGAAUUUCGUUUCAACAGAGCUGUUGUGGAUCUUUUAACUGGGAAGGAUGAGCCAGAUCGGGUGGAACUCUAUGCCGAAGCAGAUAUCAUAUACCUACCCUUCAACUUUGACCAGCGCCAUUGGGUGUCCCUUGCGGUGGAUUUGGUUGAAAAGAAGAUCGGAGUGCUGGAUUGCAACGUCAGUCUCAAGCCGGACCAUAGACUCGUGAGCGAUCUUCAACCUAUUGCAACAAUGCUUCCUUACCUUUUCCAACAGGUUUCACACAACCCAGAGAUGAGCCAGAUCAACCUAACUCCAUUCACCAUCGAACGUAUAACUGGGCUUCCUCAAAUUUCAUCCACCCCCGACGCUGGCAUGUGCUCUGUCUUCCUUCUUCAGUCUCAUGCACUCGGUGGCGUCGAAGCUGCAAGGGCUUUUUACUUGAGUUCGUUCGAGACGGAGCUUAAGAGGUUCAUAACAGCAUUGGUCAAACAGUACUCUAUUUGAUUUGCUCUGGGAAACUCUGUUAUCAGACUAUGUUAUGUUUCUUGUUCUCCUUUUCUACUC